AUGUCGAUUAAUAUACCCGAUUUCGAUCCUUAUACCGUCUUGGGAGUCGACAAAGACGCUCCCAGCUCAGCAAUCAAGAGUGCUUACCGCAAGCUUGUGUUGAAGUGUCAUCCAGAUAAGAUCCAAGAUGAAGCGUUGCGGGCCACGGCUGUUAUUGAGUUUCAGAAGCUUCAAGAGUCGUAUGAAAUUCUGAGUGAUGAAGGACGGCGCCAGCUUUACGAUCAGGAGAUUUACCUCAACAAGUUGAGAAAGGAAACCGCAGCACAGAAAGCUUAUGCAAGCAGGGAAUGCCGCGAUGGACAAAUGUACGAAGAGCGAGUUCCAGCCGGUGCUGCAUUCUUCAAUAGCAGUGACGAGCAUCUAUACACCGAAGAACCGAUAUCUUACUCUCAGAAGUACGCCGAUGGCUCCAAGCGCCCACACACCAAAGCAACUGAAGAGAGGAAAAAGGCAAAAGGACCAUCUGUGUACACGUAUACCACGACAAGACCAGCAAAACAGAGCGAUCGUGACCAUGUCAAGGCCGCACAUUAUGAUCGUGCAAGAACUCGCACCAAGGAACGCCGUCGAGAUGCCUCGGACAAGUAUGAGCGAACAGCACCUGGUUUUGAUUCAGAAAGCGAUGAUGCCUACUCAGAUCUCGAACGCGAACAGGUUCAUUAUAGGACCAAAGUGGAAGUGGAGACAAGAUACUCAUCACCUCGAGAAUCUGUUCCACCUCGUCGUAAAACAGACACAACAUCGAGUUACUCACCGAAGCAUCAUCGUAGUCAUGGCUCGUCUGCCAGCUCGGAUUCUGAAGAUGGUCAUGAUGACUAUACAUCGUACUCGGCGUCCAAACUAGAUGGCCAAGAAGAGUGGGCCAAGAAGUACAUUGGCCGCACAACGGACCCCGUUAUCCGGCCACACUCAUCGCGACACGCAGGAUAUGAAGAUAGGGAGCGACGUCACUCAGAAACUCCUCGAUAUUCAGGUCGUUCGUCUCAUAGUUACAAGGAGAGUGUUCAUGUUGAAACUUCGUCACCUCGCACCACUCGCAGGUCUUAUGAACGACUGGAUUCACCAGAGCGGGGCAAUGAGCGUGGUUACGACUACGAGCGUGCGUAUGAGCGAGAGCGAGAUCGAGAUCGAGAUCGAGAUCGACGAUGGGAACGUGAACUUGAUCGCGAGCUUGACCGACGGGAGCGGGAACGAGAACGUGGGCGAACCGUUCCAAGUUUGUCGACAGCUGCUUCUCAAAAGGUCCCGUCAUCAACUCGAGCUCCUCCCACCAUCACUCGCUCUGCUACCGCACCCUAUCCUUCUCGCAGUCGACGGGAGGCUUCGAAUCGGUCGGAGUCCAAGGGUCCUCUUUCUGGUAUUGUUACUGGUUUAGCCAGCAUGGUUGUAGAUGGCUUCGCAGGGGAUGCCAAAGUUUCAUCUCGGUCAUCCACGGGACGGGGUGUCUCGCGAGCAAGAGGUGUUUCCCGUCCACGUGGUACCGAGAAAAAUGAUUCGGGAUAUUCCAGUGGACCAAGUACUCCGGAAAUGCCUCAGAAUGCGUCAGCAAAGAUUAAACAGUACAAAAUUGUCGAAACGAGUGAUAGAACCAAGGUGGAAACGGUAGAUGUCUACCCAUCACCACCGCCACCACCACCACCACCAGUACCAUCGUCGUCGUCACGAUCUGAACGACCGAGAGAACGCUCAACAGCACCGAGACCUAAGACCACCACUCGAACCAAAACGUAUACUUACGAACCAGAAAUAAUUACACGGCAGCCGGCUUCGGCAUCCCCAAAGACUUCGUCAGCAGGCCGACACCUAUACGGAGAGAUCCGCCCCGAAAUAUUGGACGGACACCGAUACACCAGGCCAACAGUUGCUUGA